ACCAAGCCCCGCAGCGGCUUCAAGCGAAGCAGCCUCAUUAUGCUGCUCUGCGCCAACCCCUUCGUCGUCGGACCACUGCUCGGAGAAGCUUCGGUGCUGUUCCUCUUCGUUCGAGUGAAAUUCGGAUGGACUCCUUUCGACUACGGAGUUUACGCGUGUUUCAAGAUGACCAUUGUUCUCUUAGGAACUCUGGUGUCAAUGGCGAUCUUCUGUCACUGGCUUCAACUAGAAGACUCAAAAAUCGGUGUAAUAGCAUGCAGUUUCCAAACAAUCGCGUACUUAAUGUAUUCGUGUGUAAACGCGGGAUGGGCCAUGUACAUUGUUCCAUUCCUAGAGCUGAUGCUCGGAGCUGGAAUUACAGUGCACAAGUCCAUUGUUUCCAAACUGGUGCCGAAUUCAGAGAUGGGGCAAGUGACAGCUAUUCUCAGUAUGAACGAAGCAAUUGUCCCAUUGAUCGUUAAUCCCAUGUACAAUAAACUCUAUCAAUAUACAUUAUCCACAAUGCCCGGUGCCUUCUACUAUUUAGGAGCAAGUCUUGCGUUUCCUGGAGCUGUUAUAUUCUGGUAUUGUGACUUUUCAACUUUUAAAUUACCGCUUUCAAAUUACACUUCUUUUGUUUUUGUGUUGAUUUUUAAUUUUAUUUUGAAUGUGUUUUUUUCUUUCAAGCGUGGUGUACUUCCUUAAUAGAAAUGUCCUAGAUUCUCGAAAGAAAGACGAAGAGGCGAAAAAUACAAGUGAGAAAACUGACACCAAGCACCCAGCGAUUUCUCCCUCAAUAACAUCUAAACAAAUCGACUGUUGAUGGAAACAUACAAGAACAUUUUCUAAAUAAAUCCAAGAGGGAUAUAAUAAUCACUAUUCCACUCGUGAAAUUAACACCAAUAGGUAAACAUCUGGUAUGCACCAAUCCAGACGGUGUGUCUCUAAACAAUUAUCGCAUUUUCUUACCAGCUCCCUGCUGGCCACUAGGUGCGAUACAUCAAUCGCAGGCAGCGCUGUCGUGUGCACUUGAAGAGCUAACUCAACAUAAUUAAUAUUUAGCGCAUUCUGAAACAUUUUUAGAAGUAAUUUCAUUCGUGGAAUAGUCUCAUUAAAUACAAUUCAUGCAUUAGACAUGUCCAGAUAAAUUCCCUUAGCGCUAAGCGACUCGGGAAUUUAUCGGAAAUUUUCAAUGAACUUGUGGUAUUACCUGUGAUAAAUCAUCAUAUCUCAUUUUUAAUUUAAUUCGUUAACAAGUUGAAACUGAUGAGAACAAAAUAGGAGAGUCUUCCUGAAUAUGUCACUUAAAUGUACA